CCCGCAUUCUUCUCGGUGUGUGGCAAUGGCAAUGGCGCGGGAGUGCGGGGGCGGCUCCUCCAUUCCUGCAUUGCAUCCCAUGACCACCACCACCACCACCUCCCCCUCCCCCCCACACCCGCUGCUAAAAAAAGUAAGGGAGCUCCACAACCAGAGCGAGCCCAAGGAAAUCUCGCCACCACCACCACCACCGCGUUGCUGUCGACGGACGGCAAUGCUCGCUCGCCGUGGAUUCGACCCUGCUCCGUAGGAUUUCAUUCAUUUCCCCCCACAUUCCCCGUCGCCGUCGCCGUCGCCUGCUGCGGUGCGGUGGUGGUGCGGCCGCCGUUCGACCGGCACCGCUCGCAUUCGGCCUGCCGCCGCGGGACGGAGUUGAUGCGGCCGGCCUCCCUCUGAUCUCUUCUCAUCGUCGCCCCGCCGCCGUCGCCCAACAAUGGCAUCCAAAACCAAAAGCCGCUUUGUCGUCGGCUCUCAUGUCUGGAUCGAAGAUGCAGACGAGGCAUGGAUGGAUGGCCAGGUGGAGGAGGUCAACGGGGAGGACCUUGUCAUAAACUGCACCAACGGGAAGAAGGCCACCGUUAAUCUCUCGACUGCCUUUCCCAAGGACACGGAAUCCCCGCGUGGUGGUGUCGAGGAUAUGACCAGGCUCGCCUAUCUGCACGAACCAGGAGUGCUCCAGAACCUCAAGUCCAGAUACGCCCUCAAUGAGAUAUACACUUACACUGGGAAUAUUUUGAUAGCUGUGAAUCCAUUCCAAAGACUCCCUCACCUCUAUAACAACCACAUGAUGGGAAUUUACAAAGGAGCAGAAUUCGGUGAGCUGAGUCCCCAUCCAUUUGCUAUCACCGAUCGUGCGUAUAGACUUAUGAUCAACGAUCGUAUCAGCCAAGCAAUAUUAGUGAGUGGAGAGAGUGGAGCUGGUAAGACAGAAAGCACUAAAAGUCUUAUGCAGUAUCUUGCUUUUAUGGGUGGUAAAGCUAAAGCUGAAGGAAGGUCAGUGCAAGAACAAAUCCUAGAGUCCAACCCUGUUCUUGAGGCAUUCGGCAAUGCAAAAACAGUUAGGAAUAAUAAUUCAAGUCGGUUUGGCAAAUUUGUUGAGAUUCAGUUUGACCAGUACGGGAAGAUUUCAGGAGCCGCCAUAAGGACUUAUCUUCUGGAAAGGUCACGUGUCUGUCAAAUAUCUGACCCAGAAAGGAACUAUCACUGCUUUUACAUGCUGUGUGCUGCACCAGAAGAACGAACGAAAUAUAAAUUGGGAGAGGCUAAAACAUUUCGCUAUCUCAACCAGUCUAAUUGCAUUGAACUUAAUGGGUUUGAUGACUCCAAAGAAUAUGUCGAAACCAGAAGAGCUAUGGGUAUUGUAGGUAUGAGUAAUGAGGAACAGGAUGCAAUAUUCAAAGUUGUAGCUGCUAUUCUUCAUUUGGGGAAUGUAGAAUUUGGAGAAGGAAAGGAAGAAGAUUCCUCUGCACCCAAAGAUGAGAAAUCUCAGUUCCAUCUUAAGACAGCAGCUGAGCUUUUCAUGUGCGAUGCAAAGGGUCUUGAGGAAUCUUUGUGCAAGCGUGUUAUGGCAACACGUGGAGAGAGUAUUACAAAAAAUUUAGAUGCAAAGGGUGCAGCUCUUAGCAGAGAUGCAUUGUCUAGGAUUGUUUACUCGCGCUUGUUUGAUUGGCUUGUAAAUAAAAUCAAUAGUUCCAUUGGCCAAGAUCCAGACUCAAAGAUUUUGAUUGGUGUGCUGGACAUAUAUGGUUUUGAAAGUUUCAAGACAAACAGGUGCUUAACUGCUUUGAGCAAUUUUGUAUCAAUCUAACUAAUGAGAAGCUCCAGCAACAUUUUAACCAGCAUGUUUUUAAGAUGGAACAAGAAGAAUAUACAAAAGAAGAAAUUGACUGGAGCUACAUCCAAUUUGUAGACAACCAGGAAAUUCUUGAUCUCAUUGAAAAG